GGAAUAGACGGGAUUAGCUAUAACGGAGGAUACGGACUGGAUCUCAUAGCGCGCAGAGAGGUACGGACGGUCAAGACCGGCUCGAGGGAACCAUCAAGAUUUAUCCCGAACAGAGUUUGUCGCCGUUCGGACUACAGAAAGCAGAAUGGACUGUUGAAGUUGCCAACUCAAACUAGACGGACGUGAGAAAGUUGAGUGAAUACCGUGCAACUGCUCCGGAGAACACGUGAACUGUAGGAAAGGAAUAUAUCUGAUGUUCAAAGUAAUUUAAUCUCUUUCUUGAAUCAGGGUAUACUUCAACCCAGCCAUCGUAUCCACUCAAGUGACGAUUGCUAAUCGCUACUGACUGGUCUAGGCAUUUCUAAGGUGGAUUAUUUUUUUCUUACCCCCAAAACACCAACCUUUAAAUAGAACUAGGAGCGAGUACAGUAAGGAAGCAGUGGAUUUCAGUCGUCUUCCGCAGCGAGGCUACCCGCUGAAAUCAUGAGCCAGGCGGACAUGACUUGCUCUGCGCGUCAAAGAGUGUUUCAGGAAGCCCUGAAGAAAGGCAACACGAAGGAGCUCCAUUCGCUCCUGCAGAACAUGACCAACUGUGAAUUUAACGUCAACUCGUUCGGACCAGAGGGACAAACGGCGCUCCACCAGUCCGUAAUCGAUGGGAACCUCGAGUUAGUGAAACUGCUGGUAAAGUUCGGCGCGGAUAUCCGUCUGGCUAACAGAGACGGAUGGAGCGCCUUGCACAUUGCGGCGUUUGGCGGACAUCAAGACAUCGUCCUUUACCUCAUAACAAGAGCGAAGUACUCAUCAAGCGCGCUCUGAGGCGAAGGAAAUCGGACGCUGUACCCUAAGCCUAUCACAUUUGACUACAUUUGUGCCAAAGUAAAGGACAGUUAAUUUGUCAUGUAUUGUGGCAUGUUCGGGAAAUUGAUUUAACAUCACCUGGCACAGAAUUCAAGUCCAAAAUGCAGCUAGUGUUGGGUUGGUACAAUGUCAAAGAUGUAGUUUGCCAACAGCAGAUACAGUCUAUAUUAUAAUCAUAAUCAGUGCAUGAUUGUAGAUUCCCCUCGAUUGCCUUCUGUACAUAUUUUACUUCCUCUAAGAUUGAUGAUACCAAGAUACAGUGAGGUAG